AUGGAUCACUUGAAGUCUCCAUGUCGCGGAAUUGUGAAAGACAUUAGAGGGAGAGCACCUUGCUAUAAGCAGGAUUGGACGGCCGGCAUACGUUCUGGCUUUCGGUAAAUCUAAUCUGUUCACCCGGGAAUCUACCUGAUCCGACGACUCUCUGUCCAAGCUUCUUACCUUGUUUCAUUCAUCAAUGGCAGGUUGUUAGCCCCCACCACGUACAUCUUCUUCGCUUCUGCUCUGCCAGUCAUCGCAUUUGGCGAACAACUAAGCCGAGAAACAGGCGAGUCCCCUCCCUCUCCACAGACAAAGCAGAGCUCUUUUUACAUCCAGAUACGGGCUGUUCAUAAACUUGCGAAGAAUAAUGGUCUGAUAAUUUAUUUCCCUCCUGACUGGUUCAUGAACAAGUGCGCAGAUGGAAAACUGAGCACAGUCGAAACCUUGGCCUCCACGGCCAUAUGCGGGGUUAUUCAUGCGAUAUUUGGAGGCCAGCCGAUGCUGAUACUGGGUGUUGCCGAACCCACCAUAAUCAUGUACUCAUACUUGUACAACUAUGCGAAAGGAAGGGAAGGUCUAGGUGGGCGCCUGUUCUUGGCCUGGACUACAUGGUAGUAAGAACAGCACGAGGUGUCAAGUUUUUGGUUCCUCGAGAAGCUCCUUUGGUCGACCAGUUGACCUCGUGAGAACUUGUUGCAGGGUUUGGAUAUGGACCGCACUCAUGCUGUUCCUGCUCGCCGUGUUCAACGCCUGCGCGCUCAUCAGCAGAUUCACGAGGAUCGCCGGGGAGCUGUUCGGAAUGCUCAUCUGCGUCCUCUUCAUUCAGGAAGCCAUCAGGGUAAGCCCUGGGACCCAUGAUUCUGAAAGGGAAGUGAGAUGUGCUCCCCGUUGACUUCUCCAUCUCAGGGUCUUGCGAGCGAAUUUGAAGUUCCAGACGGGAAGGAUCGGAACUUAACGACUUAUCAGUUCCACUGGGUCUACGCAAACGGCCUGCUGGCUAUCAUAUUCUCUGCCGGGCUACUCUACACCUCCCUGAAGACCCGAAGAGCAAGAUCAUGGCGAUACGGAACAGGUCGGUGGGCUCUCUCUCUCUCUCUCUCUCUCUUCGUUCCCUUCUCAGAUUCCAUCGGUGAAGAACUCCGAAUCGGCUUAUCUGUGCAGGGUGGCUGAGGAGCUUCAUCGCCGACUAUGGGGUCCCUUUAAUGGUGCUCAUAUGGACGGCUCUGUCAUACACCUUACCAGGCAAGAUCCCUUCCGGCGUCCCUAGACGGCUCCAGAGUCCUCUUCCAUGGGAGUCCGCCUCCGUCUCCCACUGGACUGUGGCAAGGGUAGGUACCCCAUAUCCAUAACCCUCUUGGAAGCUCCAAUUCGCCUCCAUUGGAUCUCAUAAUCGAAGCCCCGGCGAUGGUUUUGGCAGGAUCUGCUGAAGGUUCCGCCGGCGUACAUCGCCGGUGCUCUGAUUCCGGCGACUAUGAUCGCGGGGCUCUACUUCUUCGACCACAGCGUGGCCUCCCAGAUGGCGCAGCAGAAGGAGUUCAACCUCAAGAACCCCUCCGCCUACCACUACGACAUCCUGGUCCUCGCUUUCAUGGUACCUCCCCACUCGUUCCUUCCUCUUCACCUUCAUUCCCCUGCGACUUCAGGUCUUCUUCCCUGAUUCUCGGGGGACGAUUUCAGGUCCUAAUCUGCGGGCUACUGGGGCUUCCUCCUUCGAACGGGGUCCUCCCGCAGUCCCCCAUGCACACGAAGAGCCUCGCCGUCCUCAAGAAACAGGUCUAUUGCAGCCCGAAACUCCGGGGCCUUCUUUUUCACCGGUCUUUCUUCUGAGAGUGGGAUGGCGGCUACUGGUUCUCGCAGCUGAUACGCAGGAAGAUGGUUCGGACCGCCAAGGAGAGCAUAAAACAGCGGGCCAGCGACUCAGAGAUCUACGAGAAGAUGCAGGAGGUGUUCGUAGAUCUCGACGAUGGCGGCCGCGUGGUAAUCUCCAGCCGACACUUUUGCUGUUACUCCUUUUCCGAGGGGAUUCUCUCUCUCUCUCUCUCUCUGUGUUGAAAGGCAUAAAAAUUCAACGAACAGAACACCUCGGUGGAAGAAGAGCUGAAAGAUCUCAAGGACGCCGUCAUCGGGGGCGGCGACGGCGACCGAGGGGAGCUAAGGGCGCCGUUCGACCCGGAGAAGCACAUCGAGUCUCACUUGCCGGUGCGGGUCAACGAGCAGCGUGUGAGCAACCUCCUGCAAUCCAUGCUCGUCGGCGUCUGCGUGGCGGCGGUGCCAGCGAUCAAGACGAUCCCCACCUCCGUCCUCUGGGGCUACUUCGCCUACAUGGCCAUCGACAGCCUCCCCGGUAACCAGUUCUGGGAGAGGCUCCUCUUCCUGUUCAUCACCCCUCGACGACGCUACAAGUAAGCCUCGAGCUAAGCUACUCUAAGACCCUUGUUUCCUCUGUUUCCUCUGUCUCUGGAUUCUCCCUGACCGGAGCGGGGCUCGCAGGGUGCUGGAGGAGGUCCACGCCUCGUUCGUGGAGAGGGUACCCUUCAAGUACGUGGCCGGUUUCACGGCCUUCCAGUUGGCGUACCUGCUGCUCUGCUUCGGGGUCACCUGGAUCCCCAUCGCGGGGAUCCUCUUCCCGCUGCCCUUCUUCCUGCUCAUCCCCAUACGGCAGCACCUUCUCCCCAGGUUCCUCCCCUCACGCCACCUGCGGGAGCUCGACGCCGCCGAGUACGAGGAGAUCGUAGGAACCCCCCGCCGCCGCCGGUCGGGCUUCACCCAAGACGUACAAACCAAAACCCAUCAUCAAUAUCAUCACCAUCAUCACCAUCAUCAUCACCCAUCAUCGUUAUUGAAUUGGUGGGUGGGUGGGUGGGUAGCAGGAGCAGGAGGACGGGUCGCCCUUCGCCUGCGACGCGGAGAUCCUCGACGAGCUCACCACCAGCCGCGGGGAGAUCAAGCUCAGGACCAUCAGCUUUAAAGAAGACAGGGCAAGCCCCUCUCCGCUUUCUCUAUCUCUCUUGUGGCAGCAGCUGAUUCUCAGGGGGUGGUGUGUAUUGCAGGUACACCCAGAGGGAGAAUCUCCCCGGGGCGGCGUGGGGGAGAUUCGCAGAGCAUUAUCGCAUCCGCCGUCGGGGGUCCGGUAA